AUGGUUUUGAACAUUGAGUCAAACAUCAGAAUUGAGCUUGCUCCAAUACUUAAUUUUGUGCUUUGUCUACCAAGCAAUGCUCCUCGUGUUGUGCAAGUCUCACAAGGGGGAGAUAAAGGAGUUGGAGGAACUAGAUCAUUAAAAGAUUAUGGUAGUGAUACAGGAGCAUUAAUUGGGAAGGUGAUUUCGUCUCGGAUUCCAACUUCAAUUCCCAUGAAACCUCUAAUGGUGUCUUUGACUACAACAUCUACAAAAAAAAAAAAUAAGCUGAUAAUUCCAUUGAAAGGAACCUUAAUUAAAGAAGAAGAAGGAUGGUCGAGUAAAGAUCAUGUUAAAACAAUUUCAACAAUUGAUCCAAAGGAAAAGGGGAAGGUCAUCCUGAUUGAACAAUCAGAUGAAGAAAAGAAGAAGCAAAAAGCUAAAAAAAAUGGAACGAAAAAGGCAAAUCAAUAA